GGAGUUGAGCGAGCGCGGGCCCGUUCGCUGACCGGGACGGGUUCCCGCACCUCGGGGGCGCGGCCGUGACCUGCGGGAGCCUCUGCCACGGGCACACCCGGGCCGGGACCCCCGGCGGGACCCCCUCGCCCCGCGGGAGGCGCAGGACCCGCGGCGGUGCGGGGACCCCGGCCCGGCGGGGCCGUGCCCGGCGCUCGGAGGUGCGGGGAGGCUGCGCCCGUACUGAGAGUAUACAGGCUUCCUGCAGAAACUGCAAGAGGAAAGCAAAGACCUUGAGCUUCUCUUCCAAAAGAGAGUCGGUGGGAUUCAUUCCCCUUGAUGAACAAAAAGCCAGACCAGUAUCUGGGCUGCAGUCCAUGUUGUUUUCCUCCACAGAGAUGGUAUCUCUCCUGUGAGCCCUGUGCAUCGUCCCAGCUUUCUGCAUGUCUAGUUCAUAAUCCAGAGGGGAAUACAACUAUGAAUGCUGAAAGCUGACCUUGCAGAGAAAGCAUGUUUCUUUUAUCAGUUAUGUUCCACUGAUGCCAACGUACCAAACUGUUAAAAACGCACCCUAUUUAGUGACAGCAAAGUGAUGUCCCAGCAAGCCUUUCUCUGGGGCAUUUUUCUUGGAAAACAUUGCUGCUAAAAAGCUCCAAACAGGAGGAGUAAAUCCAGUCAGCUUGUCAGACCACUGGCUCAGUGUAACGGUGCUUUCAUGAGGUAACGUUGGGCCAAAGUCAACUUUUCUUUUCUCCUUUGUAAACCUGCAGCCAAGCAAUGGGCCAGAAAAUCUCAGGGAGCAUAAAGUCUGUGGAUGUGAGGGAGCCCCCUUAUAGACCUGUCAAACGAGAGCUGAGAGGCCCGGAUUUUUGCAAGCCAGCGCGCCUGGACAUGCUGUUGGAUAUGCCCCCUGCCAAGCUGGAGGUCCAGUACAAACACGCUUGGAACAACGAAGAUCGCUCCUUAAAUAUAUUUGUAAAGGAAGACGAUAAACUGACUUUUCACAGACACCCGGUUGCCCAAAGCACGGAUUGUAUCCGGGGCAAAGUCGGCUACACGAGGGGCCUCCAUGUCUGGCAGAUCCACUGGCCCACGAGGCAGCGGGGAACUCACGCCGUGGUGGGCGUCUCCACGGCCGAAGCCCCGCUGCACUCGGUGGGAUACACGUCCUUGGUCGGUAGCAACAGUGAGUCAUGGGGCUGGGAUCUGGGGCGCAACAAACUCUACCACAACUGUAAAAACCAGCCUGGCGUCACGUAUCCUGUCUUUUUGGAACCAGAUGAGUCUUUUGUACUCCCAGACUCGUUACUGGUGGUUUUGGAUAUGGAUGAAGGGACGCUUAGCUUCAUGGUGGAUGGACAGUAUCUUGGAGUGGCCUUCAGGGGACUAAAAGGGAAAAAACUUUACCCCAUAGUCAGUGCAGUUUGGGGGCACUGUGAAAUUACAAUGAGAUACAUCAACGGACUUGACCCGGAACCCCUGCCUUUAAUGGACUUGUGCCGAAGAUCAAUUCGUUUUGCUCUUGGCAGAGACCGCCUGCAUGACAUAGAAAUUCUACCUUUGCCUCUGUCUCUGAAAAAUUAUUUACAGUACCAAUAAGAUGUCUAGAACCCUCUGGCCUCACGUUGGACUACAUCAAUGCAAAUGGCAGAAAAUUGUUUACAGCAAAAUAUAAAUCUUUGUGAUGGACACUUAAGUGUUAUUUAAUUUUUAAUAUAUAUUUUUUUCUGAACCAGUGAAAGCAGAUCACUGUGGGGGACUACUAAAGAAUGUGAAAACGUUGAUUUGAUUGAGAUUCAUGUGUUAUCUGUUGCCUGUUGUGUUUACAGUCCUGAAGGCCAUUAUUCUCAUCUCUCAUAUGUUAGUUUAUCUUUGUUGCCUCUGGUAAAUGCCAAUAGAAAAUCUGACCUGCAAGAUGCACUGUCCUGCAGGACAGAGCGUUCUUCAAUAUUGUGAUUUUCUUUUUGUCUCCUACACCUUACCCCAAUAAAUAAAAAUAAAUUAGCAAAGGAAAAUUCUUGACAGUAACUUCUGAAAAAUAUUUAAACCUUGUCUUUGGUACACAGAGUUGCUGGGAGUUUUGAGUGUUUGGCACUCAACAUAAUUAGGCCUACACUAUCUAAAAGCUCUAACGUUCAAAAAAGCAGAUUAUUGUCUAGAAGAAGAGUCUGUGGUUUGAAAACAUGAGAGGAAAAAAGGGUAUAUGUGUCAGAUCAGUUUUUGGACUUGGUAACAGUAAGGCGCAGUUUGUUGUUUUCAAGACCAAAUCUAGUCCCUCCAAACUUCUGCAGUUUAUAACAAAGUGUUCACUAUCCCAAGAAUUUAGGAUAUUCAUAUUUUAGAAAGCUUGUCACUUUUUUUAUUUGAACAAAUUUAUAAUUUUUAUGUGGUAUGAACUCUAAGUACUUUGUUUUCUUUUUAAUGUAUGUGUGGUUAUAAUGUUUAUUUAUCUGUUUAGCGUCUGUGGAGUUCUCAUUUAACUGUUUCCCAUCAUGGGGUGACUGAUUUUAGUUUUUUUCCCCAUCUCCAUCUGAAAUGUAUCAAUUUUUCAGGCUCAUCCCAUUUUUUAAGAUGCUGCUUUCUAUUUGCGUUUCUUACAUGUUUCAAGUUAUCUGCCUGAUCAGUUAUCUAGUUUUUAAACUGGAAGUUGUUGUUAUGGCAGAAUGUCAAAUGUUUAGACUGAGCUGCCUUCAGCAUAUUUUAAUGUGAAUUUACUGAUGAAUGAGGAGAAAAUUUCUAAUAAAGUCUACUGUCCAAAGUAAAA